AUGGCCGAACGAAACGGACUGAUCGAUCGUAUCACAGACGCCGCGGCUGUGGCAGCUGCUGCAGCCGCUGGAUUUCCGUCCAGCAGCACGGAUGGUGGACUAGCGGAUCCGGUGAAUCGAGGAUCUCAUGUAUUUUUCGCGGCUGGUGAGCUUCCCCACAGUUUGGUGCGGUUCGAUGCGCACAGUAUUCCGACCAGUUUGACCUAUUUCACGGAAUCACAGUUAUUCAGUCCGAUCUCAUCUUUUCGGGAAAAAUCAAUGUUGGAAGAAGCAUGUGAACAACAAUCGCAACAACAACAGUCGCAACAACAACAGCACCAGCAAUCGCACCAAUCUGAGCAGUCAGCAGCCCAUCACCACGAUCAUUCCAUGACAAGCAUGGACUAUCAGCUGCAACCUAUGACCACCGGUCCUCUCACGGGAAGUCAUUUGACAGUUGGGUUAGUAGACAAUGCAACAUCGGCCAGUUAUCAGUACUAUUCUCAAUCCCAUCACACAGUGGGAUCAACAUAUGCGUCGGCCAUGCUUCCCCCGACCCAGUCUAUGCACGAGACCCAUGAAACGCAUGAAUCUCCGCACAGCUCAGCAAUCAACAUGUAUGAUUUACAACCGGCAGAAGUCGAUCCCAGUAUGUCCGCAUCGAAAGGGAUGUCAUGCGCAAUGCUCAGCUCCAGCCUAAUAGAAGUCGACACGUCACCCACCCCGGAGAAAACCGAACCGUCUGAGACGUUGGAUCCAGUCAGUCUCGGGGUGAGCUCACUGUGCCUGAUUUGUGGAGAUCGAGCAACCGCUGUUCAAAAUGAACGGGACAAAAUUAGCAAUCGACCAUUGGCGUUUGACUCGAUCACUUCCGGCCAGUCAUUGCUUGAUCUGCAACAGCUGCUGAAUGCAGAAAGUCGAGCGCAAAGUCUUAUUCAGAACAAACAGAAUAUCGGAUUGUUGUCCCGAUCCAGUCAGGAUGCAACCACUACAUCUUCAGACGACAUACCCACAGACCCAGGAGAAUCUACGCAACAGUUCGCGGAUGUCACGGACAUAUGUGACUCGAUCAAAACGCAGUUGAUGUUUCUCAUCGAGUGGGCUAAGAAUCUACCUAGCUUCGGCACCCUUAAAAUGAAUGAUCAAGUUGCACUGCUCCAAUCACAUGCUGGGGAAAUGCUGAUUUUGGGUGCAGUUUGGCGAUCUCUGUCCAAGACCAACUAUUCCCGCAUUUACAGUGAAGAAGCGAGAACCAGUAAUCCGAUUACUACAGCUACUCCAGGAAGUCGAGCUGUCGAAUGCUCUGGUCUCCAAUCGAAACCUCGGAGGAAGUCCAGUUCGAUACACUCGUCACAGCACACGCAGCUCCAAAAUACAAUGGGUUGGUCAUCUCUCCCAGAGACUGAAAUACGUCCCCAUUCCUCCAGUUCGCACACGUCCGAGUCAUCUCAGAACUCACCGUCACUGGCACAGUCGCAGCCACCGCAAGCAGCACUGUCGGUAUCUUCGUCUCUCACAGGACAACAACAACAAUCCGUGAUAACUCAAAUGAGUUCCACGCCUAAUCCGAUGGUACUGGAACCGGAGACGAUGAAGGCCACAGGGUUGAUGGCCCCGGAUCCCGGCUUCGAACAUCAGCCGCAAUUGAUUCUUCUGGGCAACAGUCGAAUCAUUUCAAGACAUAGUCCGCAACAGGAGAUAGCUGAUAUUGCCAACCAAAUACUGGAUCAGCUUUAUCAACCAAUGUUGGAAUUAUGUCUAGAGGAUGCCGAAAUCGCCUGUUUGCGAGCAAUUAUCUUUUUUGAUCCAAACUGUUCCAAUUUGAGCGAUCACGGACGUCACGUGGCUCGAGCCUGCCAGUAUCAGAUUCAAACCGAACUGAUGCAUUUGAUGAAUGACAAACUCUAUCUUCCACAAGGUCGUUUUGGCGCGCUACUUCUCCUACUGCCGGAUCUACGAUCCAUAACAUAUCGAAUGAUCGAUCGAUUACAAAUAGCCAAACAAAUGGGUCUGACCCGUUUAGACGGCCUUUUGUCAGAUAUAUUGUUGAGUGGUUACGAUCUGUCCGAACGUUGUACCGGUAAACCGAACGAGCCUCUUCAAACUACCGAACCCGAAGGCAUGACCGGUGAUAUACACCCCGGAGAGGAUAAAUUAGAGUACCCUGCCACGACCCUGACAUUAUACUCGAGAGGAUCCGCAGCCAUCAAUGUGCCAACUACUGGACUAAAUGAGCAAUCCGUAUGUGAAUAUACCAACACAAAUGUUGGCAUAAUUGUUCCAACGUCAACGCAGCGAUCCUCAUCCUCGGCUCGUACUACCCAAUCCGACCAGACCGGAUUGACUCGUCUAUUCGAUCGGGAUUUGGCACAAUCUGCUAUUCCGUCAGCAAUGUCAGGUGCGAGCCACACACCUUCACAAUCAACUACUAGAACUGGACUGAUGUCCGGCUCAACUGCGUUCGUGCCCUAUGUUCAACGUCAACCGACCGCCGCACAACAGAAUCCGGUUGAAAGUUACAUGAGCACCGCGGCCACCGCUCGACUUGGCUGGGCUGACUUUGGAUUCGGGCGUUCGCACAUGAGUGGAUCAAUGUUCGAUUACGCUUAUCAACACGCACCCGAUUCCGAACUGGUCCACUAUCCGGGCAGGCGAUUCAGUUCAGGCGAAUCCGAAUCUCGCCCGUCGUUCCUGUUACACGUGCCGCACGAGUCUUUUGAACAUUCCAUUGGUCCAUCCAGUUCCUUUGAUACGUCUUCCGCUCAAGUGAGUGGUUCCAUUCCACUUGACAUCACCAGCUAUGAAUCGGCUGGAUACUAUACCACGGGUCACGCUAGUUUGCAUCUAUCCCCAUCUAGUUCGAAUGAUCCGGUCGGGCGUUCAGGCUUGGCGUUUAUUCCCUCCUCAUGCACAGCCCCUGAGAUCACAUCUACAAACACUGCCAGUUCGGCCAGUCCGUCUGCCACUCGAGCGGAUCUUGUCCCUCGUCUGAUGGGGAACAUGUUUUCUCAUAUGUUUUCCGCAGAUUCUCAAAAUGAAGACACUCUCUAUCCAUUCUAUCACUCGAAUCCAUGA